GACUGAAGAUAUCUUAUCCUAUAUUUCACCGGCAAGUAGCAAGCUGUGUCUUGUAAUUCUCCCUCUGGACCUCCAAUCUGUAGACCAAUAUGUCUAUCAAUAACAGUAACCAACCCCCGCGGAUUCUGCGUUUUCCGAGAUCCGAUGAACCCAAAGCGUGCGUACUGCUGCACGUUACCCGUCGUGGUCCUUCCGCACUAGAUUUGGAUCUUGUUGGGACAGAAGGAGAGUGCCCGUUCAGUGGGGCAGUACGGCAGUCUCACCUCAACUUGUAUCGCUCAAAGAAUUAUCAAGGUACCGAGGACGACUGGACUCGAAUCAUUCUCCAUGUGCUUGGACAAGCAGAACAAUGUGGGAAGGAACAGGAUUUAUUUGCAGGGCUAGAAGCGUUAGCCAUCAUAAGUGGCUCCUCCGAAAUCCAGGAUAAAGAGAUAAAAAUCGUGAUACGGAAAAGAGUACAAACAAUAACUCAAAAAUUCGGGACUUUAGUGUUGAAGCAAAACGACGAACAGGCCAUCCACCUCUAUGACUGGACUUCUACAUCGGCAGAGAGAGCUGAAUUCCUCGAAAGACGUUGUUCAAUCCUCCUGGAUCGCUACCGCGCUGCUGAACAGACCAUCAAAGGUCUCGAUGCCCAGCUUAACGAGCUCAUGGGCGUCAAGACUCGGCACGAAGAACAGCUAAUGAACAACUUAAUGCAGCUUCUCAAUGAGAAAAAGUUGAAAAUCCGCAACCAACAGCGCGUAAUAGCCACCACGGAGGUUGCUCCGGAGGAAGAGUUCCGAACUCAAGAAACACAACGGGGCGGAUCUAGACAAACUACUGCUGCUAAGAGGCGAGCGAAUGGUUCAGCUUCGACACCGUCUUAUGAGGUGUUGGGGAGUGGUACCGGCUUCGAAGAUUCGGAAGAUGACCGGGAUAAGCGCCACGAUAGCUCUAAAGCGGUGUCAGGCACAGACUCAGGCACAGACAAUGAGCCACCCUUGAUGCAGCGGCCUUCAGGGGGAGAAUAUGAGUCCACUACUGACGAAGACAUGCGACCUUUGCCAAGUCCUGAUCUUCGGAUAAGCAAUUCUGGUCCACAUCAAACUCAUUCGCAGUCCAUAAGCAAGAAACAAUUAAGUCCACAGCGACGAGAGCCUCCCUUUCCGAGGACGAGGGGAAAUGCGACAGCUACUGUACGAAUAGAUCGACAUGAAAACAAAGAAGCCAAGGACAGCAUGGGGGAAACGGAUGAUGAUGAAUUAUGAUAUUAACCUAACAGCCAAAGCUCCAGACCAUUUUAGGCAAUACAAAGGUGGUUCUUGAUUGGU